AUUUUGAGAAAAUCGAAACUUCCACCAGAACUCACUAAUUUCUUCUAUUUCAAAUAGUACCACCCACGCGUAGACAACUUUCUGCGCUUCCUUUUGAUUAUUCUCGUAUGAUUUGUAACAGCUGAUGACUCACAUCGACAUCAAAUAAUAGAACAAAAAUACAAGGAAUAAGUAAAGGAUGUAAAAAUAGGGCGGAGGCGCGACUGCGUGUAACGUCAAACUGGAGUAGCGAUCGCUGAACAAGAGCCGCGAUUUUUGAACCGGUUCAUCACGUAGGUCAAAAAUACCGCUAUUCGAACUGUUAUAUGACAGAAUAAAUACUUAUGCAGUUGUUCAAUCUCAACAUCAAGUAAUGUGAAUAUCAUUUACUGGUUGCAUCAAAAUAAUUAUCAAUAGAAAAUUGACCAGAUUAAUCAUUAGAUAAAUAGAGUUUACGUUAUUUAAUUCUUGCGAAUUUGAUUGAAGAGCUUCUUUGUAACUGUCAAUGUUCUGUGAUUUUAUUCUUGAUUAAUCUGUGAAAUCAAUAAAAUAUUAGUGUUCUGUGAUUAUUUCAACUCAAAAACAUCUAAUUAGAACACCCGGACAGAAAUUUUCAGUUUAUCUGCAAAUUCAGGUAUAUGAAAGAUAGGAAUAUAAAAAAAUGGCAGCUGUAGAAGACCAACUAAUUCAAGUGACAAAGCACAUUGAAAAACAAGUAGAUGCUACACUAGAAGCUUUAGAUAAUUUAGAUGUUAAUGAUUUGGAACAGCUGAGGAAGUCCCGAGUAAAUGAGAUGAGAAAACAAGAGGAAAAAAGAAGAAUUUGGCUGAGUAACGGACAUGGGGAGUAUGAGGAAUUAGCCGAAGAAAAGAUGUUCUUCGAUAUCAUUAAGAAAUCUGAAAAUGUAGUUGUACAUUUUUAUACAAAUUCGAAUGAAAGAUGCAGAAUUGUUGACAAACAUUUGAAAAUUCUAGCACCAAAACACAUUGAAACUAAAUUUUGCAAACUGGAUGCAGAGAAGUGUCCGUUUUUAGCCAACAACUUGAAAAUCAAAACAAUUCCAAGCAUUGUGUUAGUCCAUGAUAGCAUCAUGGUAGAUAAAAUUGUUGGUUUCACCCAGUUGGGUAAUAGAGAUGAUUUUACAACAGAAACUAUGGAGUGGAGGAUUGCACAGCAUGAAAUUAUUAAAUAUGAUGGUGACUUGUCAACUCCACCUGAUAUGAGAGAAAAGAAAGGUCCCAUAAACACAGGAAGAAAGAUCAGAGAUAGCUCUAUCAAACAAAAUGAUGAUGAUGAUCUUGAUUUUGAAGAAUACGCUUUAACUAAAGAAGAGUAUGAUGAAUCCAAAAAAGUUGCAAGCCAACAUUUAUCUACUGACUUAACUGCUGAAGAAGCUGCAGAACUAGGUUUAGAUUGAAUUUCGUUGGAACUCUGAUCACAAAUUAACAUUAUUUUUUCACAUUAAUAUUAUUAUGUAUAUUAAAACAAUUUCCAUUAAUUAAAAGACAGAAUUUUUGAAUA